GACCCCUACUUAUUCUAUACUGACAACUAUAUUUUGUAGGGUUAAAUUGCACGCUUGUUUUUAGCGUAUCACAUCCCAACCAUAAUCCCCAUAUUCAUCAUCCUCAAAAUGUGGCCUAUAAUCUUCAUCUGCAGAAUCAUCAUCUCCAUUAUGUGCCCCAUCCUCUUUAUAAUCAACCUCCACUCUUCCUUUCUUCCUAAACUCACCAACUUUAAUGUCGAACAGAUUCUCACUCUCACUGACCUUUUGUUUACCUCUAACCUUUGGAUCCAAGGUAGGUGUUCUACUUGCUUGAGUAGGUAUGCUGCCCUCCCCAGUCCACUCUCUAAUCACAAUCCCAAGCUCUUUCUUGGCUGGUCUCUCUAUCACACUUUUUCUUGAUGAAUCCCGAAGCUCUUUUAUGAUAACCCCAGGUUUCUUUCUUGGUGAAUCCGGGAGUUCUUCAAUCAUAACUCCACUCUUCGAACUAGCUUGACUUACAAAAAAAUCUGCCUCCCCAUCUUCAUACAUAUAGAACUCUUCAUCCGAGUUAGGUUCUUCAUAGUCAUCAUGUAGGUCCAAGUGAUCCAAGUAGAUGAUGACUAAUCGGAUUUCUGGUACACAGCAACACAUAGUAAUUGCGUCCUGGUAUGUGUUAAUCUUAGUCAUAGCGUCACUCUCAUUCCUUAUACUGUACCAAUAAUCUAUUCUCCUUCCAUUGUAGUUUUGGUUUAACCCUCUGACCAUCCCAUCAACCACGAUCUACAAGUGACAUUCGAUCCCUAUCUACAUAGUCAUGCAUAGUAGUUCACUUGACCACUAAUAUAAUUGCUUCCACUGAUGUAUCCACCAUGAUACAUCUUGACGGUAAAGUAAUCUAGAUGAUCUGCAACACAGAAAAGGAUUUAAUAAGCACUAUAUUUAAUGCAAAACAACCAGACAACCAAACAAUUGAAUGAAUGAGAAGCACUACAAGUCCAAUAAAACAACAACUUUUAAAAGCACUCUAGUCAAGUUUGUUCUUUUGUCCACAUUAGGACCACACAUAAAGCAGCUCCCCAACACAUGCAUUCUUUAUACUUUAACCUACUUUAAUCCAAAAUUUAUCUAAACCUUAAACAUAAACAGACAAGUGCUCAAUCGAAUAUGAAAGAUGAAACAAUAAAGCUACACACUUUGUCAUUUAUAAACCCAUUCCACCCACAAUCAAACCCCUAAAAUAUUCAUUCACAUUUCCAAACACCAAAUCGGAAGCAUGUUAAUUUAAUCCACAAUGUCUAUAAACAGUCAACGCAAACAGACAAGAAAGUUACAAACUUUGACAUAUGUGAACCCAUUCCACCCACAAUCAAACCCCAAAAAAAUUAACCCACAUUUCGAUACACCAAAUCAAAAGCUUCGAAGACGGCUAAACGAUGCCCUAAACCCUAAAUUAUAGCAAUAACCCCAAAACCCAUUCCUAAUCGAACACCCAAACCCUUAAAAAUUCAAAACCAUUAUUGAAGCCACUCUAAUCGAAAACCCGAUUCAAAAUUUUCAAAACAAAAACAACUCACCAUAUUUAGGGAUUUCGCAGCACCCGUCCCCCCCCAAAUUUCGGGGUCUCCAUUCAUCGCUUCAAAUGGAGGAUUUCCUUGAUAGAAUUGCCCGAUUUUAGGAUAGAGUUUGGUAGUGUUGGAUUCUGGGUGGCUAGAUUUUAGGGGAGAGUUAGGUCUCUCAGGGAGGAUUUUAGGAGAGUUCGAGGUUUGAUUUUGUUUAAAAUGAAUUAGCCUAAUCGAGUGGAGGCUGAUGGAACUAUUAGGGGUAGAUUAGGAAUUUACCCUUCGUGUGGGCCUGUUAGAGCCAGGUCAGCACUUGACAUCGGUUUUGGAUGGCCUGCGAAAUUUUGGUCACGUCUGAUCAAAAUUGGGACCUCAGGGGUGUUGUUGAUGACAUUAGAAGGACAGAGCUUGACAUGAUGUCGAGGGUAAACCAUAGGGUACUAAAUUGAAAAUUUUUCAUAGUUUAUAUUAUUAAACUACAAGCUAAAAAUAAAAAAAUAUCCUCACUUUUUCAAGUUUAAGGAGGUCCUCUCUAGAUCCUCCAUACACACACAAGAAUAUAUAUAUUAUUCUCUAACCAUUUUUCACUUAUGUUUCUGUCUUUGCCUUUCCUUAUCAUCAAAGGAGAUUAGGGACUUAAACUCUGUUACAGAGCCACCUCCUUGUUCACUUAUGUUUCUGUCUUUGCCUUUCCUUAUCAUCAAAGGAGAUUAGGGACUAAAACUCUGUUACAGAGCCACCUCCUUGCUUCUUAUUUCAGCUGAUAGUGCCCGGCCACCUUCAUUGACCAACAAAACGAGGCCAUUAGGGUUUAGGAUGACUUGGCUACAGUGCAGUCCAAUAUUUUUAUGGAAGACAUAUUCAUCAUUCUUCAUUAUUGAAUCCUAUCGAUAGGAAACUGCUUUGAGUUCUUUAGUAGUCACCAACAAGUGACCCCCAAAAAAAAAAAACAAAAAAUUAGUUACUAACCACCGGCCUUGGUCUUUGUUAAUUAACUACUAAGCUCCUCAUCAAUACUACUAAGACACAAUAUUUGUUGUCAAACUAUUAUGCAGAACUACCCAAACAAUCUUUUACGAGAAAAAAAACAGUCUCUUGAAGAAGAGUAUCAAGAAAACAAUACCCUAUAUCUCCUCCAAAAGCUUCACUCCAAUCCAAUCUUAGCCCAAAUCAGAGACUCCAUUCCAUUCUGCAAGCUUAUCCUUAUCACGAAUAAGGAUAAUCCUUCCUUUGCAUCAAUGUCUCCAUCAACACACUCAUUAGCCUAAAAAAAACAGAGGGCUUCCCAGGCAAGCAAUUAAGCAAAGCCAAUCCAAGAUCCUGAUUCCCAGUCCAUUAUUGGACUGCAAAAUCAUUCAUUGAGAAACAGACCAAAACCAGAGAAGUAGCCAAGAUAGGCUGACCAGACCAUUGCUAUCCUAAGUCCUAACCCUACCCAAAACCAUUUUUUUUAAUAAACAAAUCUUACCUCCACUCAUUGCCUAAAAUAGACUCGUUUAUUUCUUGUUCCCAUAUUUCUGGCAAACUCAAACACAGAAACAAUGGCUUCAGAUUCAGAUCAAGAACCAAAGCAACUCCAUGUUCUACUAGUAGUUAUCUUACAAGCCCACAUAAACCCCAUGCUCAGGUUCGCAAGGUGCUUAGCUUCGAAGCGCGUCCACGUCACUCUGGCCGCCACCGAAACCGUCAGAAACCACUUGCGCCACCGCUCCAACCUCUUCGCCACCGCAACCAAAGACUCCAUGACUGAAUUCCAGUUCUUCUCCGACGGCCUCACCGCCGAGUUCGACCGUGACAAAAACGCCGAGACCUUCGCCACCCUCCAAGCCGUCAGCGCCGAAAAUCUUUCCAAACUCAUCAGAAACUUCUCCACCAAGAAAUCAAAACUCUCCUGCAUCGUCUUCAACCCCUUCGCACCAUGGGUCGCUGAUGUGGCCGCGGAGCACGGAAUCCCCUGCGCAUUGCUCUGGAAUCAAGCCUGUGCAAUCUUCUCCAUCAACUACCGCUACUACAAGAAUUUACUAAACCCUUUUGAGCUCAUGGAGUGUCCGGGAAUUCCAAAUCUUCAAGUCAAUGAUCUUCCCAGCACUGUACUUCCUUCAACUCCGGUUCACUUCAGAAAACUGAUUUCCGAUUCAGCUCGGUGCGCCGAGAAGGCCAGCUGGGUGUUAGGGAACUCAUUUUACGAGCUUGAAAGAGAAAUCAUAGAUUCAAUGGAAUGUCUAGUUCCGAUUUGGCCAAUCGGGCCGUUGGUCUCUCCAUUUCUGCAAGGAAAGAGUGAAGCAGAUGAUGAUAGUUUGGAUUCUGCUGUCCACGCUGACGUGUGGGAAGCUGAAGAGUCGUGCAUAGAGUGGCUGGACAAGCAGACGCCGUGCUCUGUUAUUUACGUCUCGUUUGGAAGAGUGACUGUAUUGUCGCAGAAGCAGAUUGAUAAUAUUUCCACGGCGUUGAAGAACAGUGGCAGGCCCUUUCUCUGGGCUUUGAAGCCGCCGGCGGAAGGGUCUAAGAGGGAUUCCGGCGAACUGUCAUGUGGGUUCUUGGAAGAGACCAAAGAGAAGGGAAUCGUGGUCACAUGGUGCUCACAGGAGAAAGUGCUUAUGCACAAGGCUGUCGCAUGUUUUAUGACUCACGGAGGGUGGAACUCGGUCCUCGAGACCGUGAUUUCAGGAGUGCCCGUGAUAGUUUAUCCGGAGUGGACGGACCAACCAACUAAUGCCAAGCUGUUAAGUGAUGUUUUCAAGGUGGGUGUGAGGGUUAGGAUCAAUGGCGAUGAAGAAGACGGGGUUGUUAGCGCAGAAGAAGUUGAAAGAUGCAUCGAGGAGGUUAUCGAUGGGCCAAGGGCAGCAGAAAUGAAGAAAAGAGCCAUGGAGUUGAAGGAAGCAGCAAACAAAACAUUGGAGGUUGGUGGUUCUUCUGAUCAGAAUAUUAAUGAAUUCAUCAAGGAAAUUUCUGCAAAAUCACUGUAACAUUAGAUAUUGAUUCAACAGUAGAGUCGAACUUAACCAUUUUUGUUUAGUGUUAUUGUUUUUGAUUAUUUGGUAGUCACUGUGAGACUGAGAAGUCGUUUUUUU